ACCAUCGCACCACGGUCCACGCCGCGCUCAGUUCAGUUCAGUCCGCCGCUGAUAGUCGACUUGCUCAGGUGUGUGUGGUUAUUGUGCUGUGCCGGCAACUUUACUGUUCAACCAUGAAUCGUUCAACGUUCUGGCUUCUGUGCCUCUUGGGAUGCGCCUUAUUCAAUCAAGGACUAGCUAGACCACAGCAGGACGACUACCAGGAGGACGGGGAAGGAGACGACUACCCAGACGGGGAUGAGGACGAGGAGUCCGGUCCUCCUCCACAGAUCAUCAGCCGCGGGUCCACACAAGUAGUGGAAGUCGGCAACGUCGCCUUCCUGCCUUGUGAUGUGGAUGGCAAUCCAAGUUCCUUCUCGAGGAUCUGGCGUAAAGAUAAGACCGGGCUGUUUGUUGGGAACAUCGCUCAAGGAGAUCAAAAUCCUCGAAUCACCAACCUGGCCAAUGGAACACUGGAGAUUCGACAGAUAGAGCCAAGUGAUGCUGGGACUUACUACUGCAAGAUCUCUUCAGGGAAGGGAGAAGAGAUUCAACAUAUCCUGCAAGUCAAGAGUGCUGCUCGUAUAACCAGCUUUUCACCUAGUGAGAAGUCAGUCAACAUCAGAAAAGGUUCUUCGCUCACCUUGGAAUGUAUCGCUCAAGGAUAUCCAACACCUUCCAUCAAGUGGUUCCGCAAUGGCCAUGUACUGGAAGACCAAGAUCCAUCCAUCCACGGAGCCAGGUACACCAUCACCAGCGCUUCCUUGGAAGACUCCGGAAUGUACAAGUGCACAGCCACCAACGGACAACAGAUGCCUGAUGAGAAGAUCGUAGAAGUCGAGGUUCACUAUCCGCCACAGAUAACAAUUGGAAGAGCAAUUGUACCCACAGGAGAAGGCUACGAGUCUGAACUUAAAUGCAGCGUUAACGGAAUGAAGAAACCAGAGCUGAGAUGGUACAGAAAUGAAGACCAAAAGCCAAUCAUGGCUUCAGAUAGAAUUAGGUUAGAAAAGAAGGGCCAUGAACACAUACUCCGCAUAUUGAAAACUCAACAAUCAGACUUUGGUGACUAUGUUUGUGAGGCGAAGAACACUGAAGGACAACAACAAGCUAUUAUCACUCUGACAGGCAAACCAUCUAAACCUGAGCCAGACACUGUUGUAACGGAAGGUGAAUCCAAGAACCCCCUCCUUACCUUCAGAAUCGAGAGCUUUGCUCCCAUCGAAGACUACGAACUACUUUACAAGAGAGAGGAAAGUGAUGAGUGGACCUCUGUAAAGCCUUCAGUCACAGCCCCAUACGAUGGCCGUUUCUACAUAAUGAAGCACACACUACAAGGUCUAGAGCCAGGUGUCUACAACGCUCAACUUAAAGCCAAGAACAUCCACGGAUGGUCAGAAAUGUCAACCAAAAUUACCUUCCCCAAAGAACACGAGGGCGACUUAACCGAAACUGGACUGUUAGCUGUUGAAGGAUCAGCUGCUAGUGAGCUGAGGAUAUCUCUAGCGCUCCUCGUGUCUCUAUUGGUCGCUCACUUCUCCUGCUGACCACUCACGAGCCAUUGUACAUCCUGGUUGAACCACGACUGCUAGAACUGCAUGUGUGCUUCCUAGUUGUCCAUUACCUAAUUUUCUCGCCGUGUUGCAUUUUGUCGUUAUUUAUUUAUUAAUCCCAGUGCAAUGACAAGUAUGUAAACCAAGUAGUUUUGUCUCAAAACACACAAAGACAAAUAUUCAUAUUGGACGCACUGAACUUAAAAAUUUAAAAACUUAAAUAUACCCUGAAACUGUCUAAUGUAUAUAUGUAAAGUUACUCUGUUCUUAAGGAACUUAUAGAUUUAUUUAAGCUUUAAGGUUUAAUGCCCCAGAUUAGUUUUUGUCAAUUUUGUAAGCCCCUUUUCAAGAGCUUUAAGUACCGUUGGAGCUGAAGAUUGGCUGUAAAUCGCCGUAUUCAUUGUACAUACUUUUAUGUUGUAAAUGUACACAGAAAUCUGGAAUUUUGUUUAUGAGCCAAAGUAUUCACUAGCUAUUUUAAUUAGUUUGUAAGAAAAUGUUACUGUCUUUAUUGUAUAGAAAGUUGUGCGUGAUGAGUGGAUACGAAUACGUAGAACGUUAGUUGUUAAUAUUGGACUGUUUGAGAGGCGAGUGAAAGAAGUGUUUUAUUCUCUUAUUCCUUUUUUCUUUUCCAUAUUUUUUAUUUAUGUUUUAAUGGUUUCUUAAUAGACCAUACUGAUGUGUUCACAUAUGAUAGAAGUAUGUUAGAUAAUGUAUAUUAUAGAUCAAUAGGAUAACUGAAAGAACCUUAUAAAAAUUGGUGUUAAUAAUAUGGUUAUUUUCAAUUGCUUUGUUAAAAAAAUCAACUUUUAUCUAAUCACUAAGAACUAAAUUGCAAACUAUGGAAAUUUCUUCUAAUAGUCAUAUUAGAAUACAAAUUAAGAAACCAUUUCAUUUUUAUAAAUGUGUAUUAAUUAACUUUAGAUUUUUAAGUGUACUAUAUUUAUGUAUGUUGUUUUAUAUUUUUAACUUUCUCUAGAAUACACUCAAUGUUUUAAUGAGGGGAUUCAAACUUUAAUAUUACCAGAUACCUUAGUCUAAAUGUUAGAAAUUGUAUACCGGUACUGAACUUUUUAAAAUCAAGGUUUUAUAGUGACUUCACACUAUUUCCUUUACAUUUAAAUGUGUGACCUAUCCAGGGAUAUUUGAUAUGUUUGUCUUUUAUAGACCCACAAAAAAAAUCAAUAAUGUCCUCUAAACCUUUGCCUCCAGUAAUUUUUUAUAAUAUUUAUUCUCUAAAUCAUUUACAGAUUUUGAGAGACUAAAAAUGCCUUUUAACUGCCUUCUAAUACCAAAUGAAGCAUUCAUUUGGUAAUUAUUUAUUUUAGUAAAGUGCCUACAAAGUGUUCUCUUGGUACAUGUGUUGCCUUUUAAGACAAAAACUACAAUCCCUGCCUACAACUAAUUUCUAUAUUUUUGGAUGUUUUUCCUUGAAAAAAACUCUGUUAACUGUUGGUGACUAGAAUAAGUCUGAGUUAUUUAAGAUGUUCUCUGACUGUAAGAGUUAUUGACAGGUUAACAAAUAAAUUUAUAGCAUGCUAAAAAGUUUUUUUUUUAAGAAGAUAGAACAGUUUACUAAUAUGAUUCCCCCACCAAGAUAAUGUAUAUAGUUUAUUAUUAUUUGAUAGUGUAAAAAAAUGCAAAAUGUUGGAAUUGUUUAUGUACGUUUCUAAGUAAAGAUUUUUUUGUGUAAUUAAUUAAUAGCCAAAUAAAAAUUUAAAAUUUU